GAAAAAUUCCAUAGGAUGAGAAUGAGGCCAGUAAUUGGCGGGAAGUUUGGUCAAUGGCUGACGAUUUUCCGGAAAGGAGCUCUUGCAAAUUUCUAAAAAUGACCAAAAGAGACCCCUGAUUUGAUUCAAAAUGUCUCAAGAAUAUUCAUUUAUAACAAGUGGAUUGAGAAUCAAGCAAGAUAAUAUAAAGAAUUUAGCAAAGGACCUUAAACUUGAAAAUCUGAAUGGAGUAAUUCAAAGUCUUAUCAGGGUUUUUGAGCAGUUGCAAAAUGAACUCCCACAAAGCAUUUUGCAAUUGUGCUCCUUUAUUUCUGAGAGUGCUAAUCAUCUGAAGAAAGAUGAGUUAGCCAACCUGGCAAAUCAUGCUAUACAGGAACUAGAAUCCUAUUUCAGAGAUUGGUGUAUGUUCUGUGAACAUUAUAGCAGUUUGCAACUCAACCAUGAAAAUGGUAUUUUCGUGCUAUAUAAUUUCAUCAUUAAAGACAUAGAAGAGAUUUUCAAGCACUGUAAGGAGAGUAGCCGGAUAUACGAUCGUUGUUUUUUGGAAGUUUCGGCUUCUCUCUCAAGUCUUUUCAAGAUGUCAUACCAAUCUUUAAAGAUGAUCUUGGAAAUGUUUGAAAAACCUGCAUUGGAUCAAUUAACAGAGGACGAAGUCUCACAGUUUUCUGAAGGCAUCAUGCAGCUACUUCGAUUAACGCUUAUUCUCAAAGACAUCGACAUCAUGCCACUUGUUAACACACUGCGGUCUUUAAACAGGAUGAUAAUUGGCAAAAGGGACUGCCUGCGUGAUAAGCUGGAUUGCGUUAAGAUAUUUACAACAAUUUGCACGUGUAUAACUGAAAAGUUGAAUUUUUGCUGGUCAGUCAUUCAGGAGAAUGCACUUCGGGGUCAGGCAAGUUCAAAAAGAUCGUCAAAGAUCAUCAAGGCAUUGCGUUUUCUUGUUGGCAUGCUCCUACAAUUAAUCAAGGAAUACAAAAACGAAGUAUAUGGUGAUUCAACAACGUCUAUAAUUGAAAUCCUGUUGUCACUGCAAUGGCUGGCCCCGAUGUCUUUCCAUCAAGACACUCGAAGAACUCCUCUUUACGAAGAAUUCUGCAGUGCAGUUCUCAGUGUAAUAGAGCCACUUCUCUCAGAGCUGCUUCAAGAACGGGAUUUCAUAACCAAGUUUUUAUCAAUUAAGGGAACAUUUCAAGAUGCUGUCAGUGAGAGAAAUGUUUUGUCUGCGUUAUUGCUUUCCGCAUCGAUAUCGUCACUUCUCGCGAGAGCUGAAGAUGAUAUAAAAAGCGACUGGAUGAACGAGGUAGCAUUCUCCCCUUGUGCCACUAACAUUGUGGACCUCAUAGUCACCUUGUAUGAACAAAGUAGAAGCAUGAAUCUGGAUAGUAUUUCUCUUCCGAAUUUCGUUGAGGCAGGACGACCUAUGAGAGAUGUAUCAUUGCACGAGCACUGUUACAUUCGAACAUGCGCCCUCGUUGCUACAUUCAGUCAAAGAGAAUUUCAGAAAAUGGAAUCUUCCUUGUUAAAGCAUUUGCUGUUGCAGCGGUGUUUCAGCUUCUUUGUCGCAGACAUCCUAUCAUUUGUUGCAAGAUGGGGUCCUGAGAGUCUAUGCUUUCAGCAAGCUGAAUUUUUCAUUCAUAUGAUCCUGGCUGUUUUUGAAAUUUCUUCCAUGCAGUCAAAGAUCCUCAACAGAUGCAGUUUCGUCCUUCAGCGGCUGUUCCUAUUGCUAGGCGACGUUAAAAAGGAAGAAUUUUUAAAGAGAAUCUUGUCGAGAAGAGAAGAUGUUGUGACCAUAUUGAGUAUGCUUCCAUUCAGCAGAAUGAGCCAAGAUCUCCAAGAGAAGUAUUUAGGUACAAUAAUAUCCAAAACUUUAAAUGGUUUGGAAGAGUAUAAGACAAAAGAAAAUCAGAAUAUGAUGAUGAUGGUCAUUAAAGUAUGGGAACAGUCUCUUGCUAGUGUAAACGCAUUUCAGCUGCUUUCACCUCUCCAAAGAAAUGGCGUCAUAACAACUCUAAUGGACGUUUUUGAAGGUUUCCAAGAUUCACAAUGCACAGAGAUUGACGAGCAAUUUGUAUGCUUGAUUUUGGGAGCAACUAGCAAAAUAGUGUGUUUUUUAGAUAUGCGGCAAAUUGAAUUGACAUUGCGGGUUUGUUUGACAUUGGCGGAAAGCAAUCACUCAGAAUGUCUUUUCGUCCAGCUGUGCAAAUUUCUCUCUGCCUUGAAGAUGGAAGAUUUUACCAACGAAUUUCAGGGUGCCUGUCUGCCGUAUAUGAUAAAAUUGUUUCAGGCUUUACUUGCUCACAAGUCUCCCUUUGUUCGAAUUGAAGCUUUGCAGUGUCUAGUUCAAUUUUCUGAGGCCUCAUUUCAUGCUGACGUUUUAUAUCAGUGUCUGCCAGAAACGAUGGUCGAAUCCUAUGAGUCACUUUCAAGUAAGACUGUGUUGUUGGAUGAAUUGACUGAUAGAGAGAAGGAAAAAAGACUAGAAGAGGCAGUACAGCUGUUCUUAACAACUUAUGAGAAACGUAGCGACUGCCAGAUUGCUUGCGAGAACCAGAGUGCUCCAAUCUCAAUGCCGGAAGCAGGGACCGGGGAACUGCUUAGACUAGAGAAUGACUUGACAAAAGUUGUUGCUGAAAUCAAGAAGUAUGCAGAAAAAAGUUCUAUUCCUGACUGGAUGGCGAAGAACUUUAGUGCCAUAGUACAGGAUCUGAAUACAAUACGAACUUGAAUGAUGUAAUGGCCUCUUUGUAUAUAGAGUAUGUAGAAUAGUACAUGCAAGAUUAAAAAAUUUAAAAGAAGUAAUUGACAAGGGCCUAUACUUACUUAGUGACUAGACCAAUACGAUUGUAACAACAAGAAUGAUGGGCUUUAAAUUUUGAACUGCUAUUUUGAUGUUUAUUCUGUUUUGUUUCAUCGAAAUGUUACAAUUUUCUUUGGAAGACACAAGGUAACUUGCACACAUCAUAGGCGUCAACCCUUGCGACUGCCAAUUUAUCUGGUAUGUCAUUGACAUAUAAAGAAAUGCUAUAGCAAAACCUAGAUUUACCAAGUUUCCAUAAAGCAAACCAUAUUUCUAGAACAGCUAUACUGGACCCAUAUCUAUCAAAGCCUUGAUUCUUAUUAUGAAAAUUGAUCGGUAUUCAUUUCUUUCGAAUAGCUUAUAUUUUUGUACGAGCUAAGGAAUUAGCUAAGAAAAUUUCAUGUAUUGAUUUUAUCGCUAUUCUAGCUAUGCUUGCAUUAUUCCAGUGUAACUACAAGCAACUUAAAUUGAUCAUCUUAAGAAUUUACAAUCCCCUCAAAGCUGUCUCCCCAAAAUGGCACAUUCCUUAUCAGAUUUUGUUUCUUCACUGCUUCAAGUCAAACUGCUAGUGGAAGAAUGGAGUCUGUAUUGUAAGCAACGGGGUCUUUUCUCUCAUUGAUUUUGAGAAAGCUAUGAACUGUCAUUUUUGUUUUAAACAUUUUAGCCACAGGUGAAAAAGCUGUUUCUGUCAAUAAGGCCUUUAACGUGCCUUUCCAUUAAGAUUCUACCCUUCAAAGCCUCGAGUAACCAAGGUUAUGGUAUUGUAGAUCGAUGUGGUGACGAAUAUUUCUGAAAUUAAAUUUGAACUUUAUUUCUGAGACUAGAUUGUUGAGACCCUUUCACCUAGGGUAUGAAAAUUAACUCUUUCUUCUCCGUAGAAAAUAUGUCCAAGGCACCAGAAUUCCGUAUUAUAUAUGAUCGUACUGAUAAUUAACUAUUUAUUGAUUAAAAUCUGUUUUCUUCUUAAUUAAAACAACCACUCUAAACGGGUAUCAGUUAGCACCUACUUCACACGGAAUAUUAUGUUGAUAAAGCAUAUCCAUUGAUUUUGUAUUUCCGGGCAACUGAUAGGAACAAGUGUACAGCAUGGAACUAGCUUUGAUACAUUUUAUCUACGAAGUACAACCCAGUGGUCCUGAAUGUCCACUGCAUAUUUUCAACAAUGGUGCCUUUCCCUUAUUUAUCGAUCUUCUGCCUUAUUUUGCUUUGAAAUUUAUCUUUUUGAUUUGUCUCAUAUUCCUCAUCGUAUGCCAGAUUUUGAAAAUUUCUAGGUCCCGCAAAAGUCUAAAUAUAUUAGUAUAAAAUCAAUUUUGGCAAAAACCUCAAAUUACCGUUGUCAAGCCUUUUCUUAAGCAGGUAUACAUAUGGUUUCGUGUCAUGUCAUGACGGCUAUAUCUAAAUGAUACUGUUUUUUUGUAACUGAAUCGAUACUUAACAAGUAUAAUCAUCUAAACUAAAGAAGCAUUUUCUGUUCAUUGUGAAAGAAGUAUGGUUACGGAAAAUUUAUCAAGUCGAAUAUAAUUUGAAGCUGUCUUGUCAUUGUCAUAAGUUAAAGCUGUCUUGUCACUGAAAGCAAGAUCCAUAAUUUUCAAAUGUUUAAAUGCUUUAGAAAAACAAAAAACAUUACUAGAAAUACAUGCUUUAAACGCCGCAAACCGCAUUAUGACUCAUUCUGAAUACGAGGUUUUGGCGGGAAUUGAAAUGGCCAAAAUGGCGUGUGCACAGAAUGAAAGUUUUAAAGCAUCGAAAGAUUUUACUUAAAGAUUUGAAAGCCUCGAAACAUCUUUCAGCAAAAGUGGCUAAUGAUCAUAUUAAUUUGUACUGAGCGUCUGUUCUUCUAGUGAAAUAAACGAGGCAACAGCCUGUUGCUCACUUUUUAGGACAAUCAUUGUUAUCGGAAAAAAAUAACCCGGAAUGGCCUUUCGGUUUGAGCUAUUGGCACCAUUUUCAUUGGAAAUUCGCAACUUCAAGUCAUCAGUACAUGCUGCAUCGUCGGAGAAAAGAUUCCAUAAAAGCUCAGUUUUGGGGAAGUAUCACAUGAUAAACCUAAUCCAAGGGUUUAUCAGGAUAAAAAAGCAUUUCGGUAGCAGUUAAGUGGUUGACAUUAAAGCAAAAUAUUGGAUAACUGACCAUUAUGCUGGAAUCUAUGCUAUCAUACGAAUAAUGUGAAGAAUUACAAUGAUGUUUUUUGCCACAAACGUCACUUGAUGAAUUUUGAUAGGAAUGAGGAUUCUAGACAGUAUGGAUGGCAAAGAAGUUUUGUUAUUAGCAGUUGCCAUUAGAUCAGGUUAGUGAGAUGGAAAACAACUCUACAUUUUAUCUUCAUUCCUUCCGGCCGAAUUUGACUUGACCUUUUUAUUAAAGCUUUCGGGUUUGGUCUCACUGAGAAAGAAGUAAAGUUUGAAGGUUUCUAUUGCAUAAAACCUAGGGCAUUAAGUUGAACUUUCCAGUCGUCAGUCAUUCGUAGCAAGAUAUCUUAGGUGCUAUUCGUCCUCCUGUAUGCGGAGAUUAAAACUGAAAGAGUUUUAUCAACAUGGGGAACAAAAAUAAGAAAAAUAAACGCACUAAAAAGGUCUUUCAAUAGAAAAGUAUUCUAAAAGUUGUUCUUUUUAUCACAUGGAACAAAAACCUUGGCAUAAAUCGACAUAAUAAAGUUCCGGUUUCCGCUGAUCAUUAAUUUUUACUUGCAAAACCGAUAUAAUUGCAUAGAUGGAGUUGAGCGUUCUUGGUCCAAAUCCCAUCUUCAAACUCGACGUCAAUAUUUAAAAACUUUAAUGAUGUAUCCGCAGACAAAGGGCUGAUUGUUGUGUACCGCAAGCCUCAUUUCUUGUUCUAUUCCUUUUGCUAAGUUUAUAUUAACGAUCUCUCAAUGUCUUUCUGGAAUGCAAUGUGUCAAUAACCUGAAUACUACACUUAAUUUCCUAAAUUCUACACUUAACAAUGGUCUCACUUAAGUUCAAUUCAGUGGGUUUUAAACUCUAUAAUAUGCAAACACACCAGUAUUAAACAAUUAUCGACAUAUUUAUAUAGCAAUAUUUUGUAAAACAUAGCACACACACACAAAGUAAAGGACUGAUAAUGGACCAGACCCGUCAAGAGCCUUUCUUAGGCCUGAGGCAAAAAGAAAUAUGUUAUUACAUUUUUUGGAUUUUAUCAUUAGGAAUUCUAUUGUUACGGUUGUUGUAAUUGUAAAGAAAUUUGUUACCACUUUUGGGCAACUCUCAGCUUGGGCAUGAGGCAAUCUGCCCCCUCUCUUGACAGGGCUGUACAUGACAUUUGAGGAUUGUAUGAAGGAGAUGAGAAGUAUCACGUAGCUUUAUAACUUUUAAAAUAUAUAAAAUUUGGAAAAGAAUGUGUAUUACGGUAGGCUGAGAAGCAAAUGAAGUAAAAGAGGGUUAACAAUGGUUGAGUUAGAGAGAUAGGAGUGUAUGGAGACGGUUUGUGCAAGGAGCCACAGAUGUUAAGUAAUUUGCUCCAAUGAAAUCCUUUUAUAACCCUCUUCUGUAACAUUGGGUCACUGUAGGUUUCAUAUCAAGGAGUUACUUCAGAAGAAGAAUACAGAAGAGACUCGUUGAUAAAUUCAAACUUGUCAAUAUUCAAUGGCAAUUUUAUAAGCAUCAAGCCGCAUUCUACUUUCUUCAAUUCUUCUUCGACUGUUCUUUGAAGAAAAUUCAGAUUUUUAGCUUCAUAGUAAAUGUUAGCAACUUUUAGGUUGUAAUCAAUUCUUAUUGAUUUAGUUUUAUUGUAAAGUUUUAUAGGCCAGCUUGAUA